GGAGUCCUCCGCUCCUCCCUGUAGGGGUCCACAGGGUGCGUGAGACUGCUGUCUAUAUGGCGCACAGACACAAGUUACUACAGAAAAGACGUUAAACAUCUGCCUGUCGUGUGUGAAGUGUAUCGGGACAACAUCCAAAGUAACAUGGAGCAGGAACUUGAAGACAUAGACUCGUCGGGGCAAUGGCAAAACAUUUACAACGAAAUCCGCAACCAAGCCAGUAAAUACCCCUACAAAGUGGCAAAACUUCCAGCAAAUCGAAAUUUGAACCGUUACAGAGAUGUUAGUCCAUUUGAUCAUAGUAGAGUAAGACUUGAAAACUGUGAUAAUGACUAUAUCAACGCAAGCCUCGUCGCGGUGGAAGAGGCUCAAAGAGCUUACAUUUUAUCUCAGGGUCCAUUGAGAAACACUUGUGGCCAUUUCUGGUUGAUGAUCUGGGAACAGUGUUGUAAGGCUGUUAUAAUGCUCAACCGAGUCAUUGAAAAGGGAUCGGAAAAGUGUGCACAGUACUGGCCCACCGCACAAGAGCAACAGAUCAGUUUUACAGACACAGGGUUUGUUGUGAGGCUACUUUUAGAAGAGGAUCAGUCCUACUUCACAAUACGUUUGCUACAGCUACAGAACACAAAGACAGGAGAGUCAAGGGAGAUAUACCACUUCCACUACACCGCUUGGCCUGACUUUGGGGUUCCUGAAUCCCCUGCCGCCUUCCUCAACUUCCUCCUCAAGGUGCGCGAGUCCGGCUCGCUAGGCCCAGAACACGGCCCAUCUGUGGUGCACUGCAGCGCUGGGAUUGGCCGCUCUGGGACAUUUUCGUUAGUGGACACCUGCCUGGUUCUGAUGGCCAAGAGAGAGGACAUCUCCUCCAUAGAUAUUCAGAAGGUCCUGCUGGACAUGAGGGAAUACCGCAUGGGGCUCAUCCAAACCCCCGACCAGCUCCGCUUCUCCUACAUGGCCGUGAUCGAAGGAGCCAGGCUCAUCUUGAAGGACAACAAGAUACAGACCAAGAGGAAAGAGCCAGAGUUGUUGGCCCCUCCGCUACCACCGCCAAGACCAAGCCUGGCAAACAAGCCCAACGGACAGCCAGGACCCGGGCCGGGGCCAGAGGUCGGCCCACAGGACGACAGACCAGACAAGGAUCGGGCCGGCGACCUCGCACACGAGCCCCAGACAGAGAAGAACUCUGGGCCUGUGCGGAAGAGGCACCGUGAAGACCGGAUCGCCUGCACGGCACAGAGGGUCCAACAGAUGAAGCAGAGACUGAGCGACUCAGAGAGGAAACGGGACCAGUGGCUCUACUGGCGGCCCAUUCUGCUAAACGUGGGGGCCGGCGCGGCCCUGGCAGUAGGCCUGCUAGUGUGCUGGUGGUACUCCCAGUGAGAAACUCUUGCCGAGUUCAAACUGACUCUUUAUUUUGCACCAGUACCAGGGAUUAGGUACUUUUCUUGUUGAAAGUAGAGUUAGACGGUAAGACGUGCAUAACCGGGGGUAUUUAUUUCUUCUGAACACGCAGGAGCGCUAGAUCAAUUUCGUUUGUGUUUAUUUUUCAUGCAAGAUCUUAACAAGACAGAAAAACUAAAAUAGUAACAUCUCAGGAUCUCGGUGCCAGCACGAUGAUUUAAAAUUCUUUAUUUCACCUUUGAUGAAUGUACUGUAUCAUACAAAUUGAAAAGGUCAGGUGUCUGAUCACUGGAUCAUCUGUCGACAUGUUUUACAUUUUGCAUUUCAAAUGGUGUGGGUGUGUAUGUGUUGACUUUCCAUCCUGCCAUAGAUAAAUAUGUAGUAGAUGUGACUCCAAAGACAAGAGGUCAACAACAAACUGAGCUUUUUCUAUAAGGAAAAUUGUUCUCCGUUCCAUGCAUGUAUUUAUGCAUUUAGAAGUUUGUUCUUCCAUUUAUGCCUACGGGGCAUGCCAGUAAGUCAAGAAACCUUUUCUUUGUUGGAUGAGGCAGUUCUGGGUCAGAUGCCUCGAUGUUCGAUAUUCUUAAGAGAAUGUCAAUCCGUUGAGUUUUGCUUUAUGUUACAUGAGCACACAUUGUAGGUUUUAGUUCUCACAUGACCAAUAGACAUGAUUCACCUAGCGGCCAUAUUGGUUCUAAACUUAAGCUGGUUGGGGAAACUGAGUUCCCCCAAAGAGGCUGCUGGUGAAUAAAGCCUAUAGCCAAGCUUGUAAGGUCCCUUGCUGCAAACUCCUUUUUGAAACAGGUUUUAUUUCUCACAAAGCUUCAGCAAGCUUUCAGUUCUACUGUGUUGUGUUUUAACCCACUGGUUGGGUUAAUUUAUGUAUUUUCAGGUUGUCCCACUAUUGUGCAAGGGAGAAGCAACAUGGAUUGUGACGUUGUGGGUUUUAAAAUGGCAUGUGAUGGGGAAUAGUUAAAAAUCCCCUAGCUGUGUUCCAACACUUAAAAUGUUUUUGUUAUUACGUCUCUAACACAAACAUUGAAGCUGAUAGGAACUGUAACUUAACAAUGUUCUCUUUGCCGGAUUGAAACAUUUUGAUUUGUUAAAAUAAGAUAUGAGCUUAUAAUUACACCAGCUAUGUAAUAGAUUGACCGGGACCAAAACAAUACAGAGAAACAUGUGUAUAGUGCAAUCUGCAGAUAUGGACUGUCUUGCAUAAAACUCGAAAGUCAAAUGUGAUGUUGAUGGCGGCAAAAUAAAGUUACCGCGUGAGUCUGCAUAUAGUAGUUUUCCAGUUGGUGUACUUUUCAAUGUGCCUUGAGUGAGACAAAUAUUUCACAUUAGAAUUGCAAUAUGGUCAAACUAAAUCCAUGUAGAAUCAUUAGCUGUUGUCAUCCAGACUAAAGAGAAUUACAUGUUUGCACUGAAUUGAGCUAUUUACUGGAAGUUGAUAUGUGACAAGUGUAAGUUGUAUCAAAGAUAUUUUAAAACCAAAUGUGUUGGUAUGUGCUAACCCCUUUCAGAAGCAUUGAUAAAUACUUUCUGAAACACUG